UUUGUGGAGAUCAGUGAGAAUAUCGAAGAAAUAGAUGAUGAUAAAGUUUGUACAGAUAUCUCGGAAGAUAUUAAGAUUGAUGUAGAAGAUGUUAUAAACUGUGAUGUAAACCCAGGUGAUGAACUUAAUAGGAGUACACUUACAGAAACCCCGGUUGAAAAAGACCAUGAGACCAUGUCGAACAAGAAGCUUGGUCUUGCAGUGAAGAGAGUCAGGUCUAAAGAUCCCUACUCAUGUUCUUCAUGUAAAUUCCAAACUACCUCUAAAUUUAAAUUGAGGAAGCACAAAGCUAGUGAACAUAAAAGGAUUCUACCACAGUGUGCUCAAUGCGGAUAUUCAGCUCAGAAUAUAAAGGAAUUGAGAAAACAUGUUAGAGAUAAUGCUGCAUGCAAGGAAAACCCAGUAAACGAGGAGAAAGUUAAAAAAUGUGUGAAGAGAAUAGUAAAACCCAAUCAUCAAUCUGAAGAUUCAGCGAGCAAAGAGAACUCAAUGUAUCUGUGUGAUCAGUGUGAAUUUACUACCAGGCUACCAACAUAUCUGAAGAUUCACAUGAAGACUGCACAUGAAAAUGUUCGGUAUCCCUGCCAUCUCUGUGAUUAUAAGGCGACACGAACAUGGUAUUUAAAAACGCACAUAGACUCUGUGCAUAAGGGAGUAUUUUUCUAUUGUGACCAAUGUAAAUAUAAAGGUAGAUCGUUACAUAUUCUGACAGCCCACAAAAAAAGAAGGCAUGAUGUAAAACUCUUUCAAUGUGAUGCUUGUGAAUUUGGAUGUUCUGUUCCAAUUGAAUUAAAACGUCAUAAAGAAAGUAAGCACGAAGGUGUUACUUAUCCCUGUACACAGUGUGAUUAUGUAGGUGCAUGGCGUCAUUGUUUGAUAAGGCAUAUCAGAAAGGUUCAUGAAAAUCUUGUUUAUCCCUGUAAGCAUUGUGAUUACACUAGCACCUGUAUAUCUACAUUUAAAAUUCAUGUUGAAACUAAACAUCUCGGUAUAAGAUAUCACUGUGGUAUUUGUGAAUCCAAUUUUGCAAGCAAGAGUGCAAGAGCUUCCCACAGAAUGAAGAAGCAUGGUGCAAAGAGAUAAUUAUAGAUCUUAAACCCCUCAUUUUCAAAGAUAAUUUUAAAUUAAAAAUAAAUAAAUUGUUCUGUAGACUUUUCUUGUGAUAUCUCGUCUAUUUAUUAAUUUGAUUUCUUGUAUAUUU